CCUGUUCUUCGCGCCGCUACCGCCCCUUCAUCCACUUCCAAGGAAGGAAGGAGGAACUGCUCCAGCCGCAUGUGUCACACCAGUAUGCUGCAGAACCUCGCUGCUAUGUGACUCCCUGGGAUAACUUUGUUGGUUUAGCGGUCGGUGGGAAGUAAGGUUAGGAAGUUAGGAUAUCCAACCAGCGUUUGGGGUGCACGGAGGGGCGCGCAGGGAAGGUGGUAAAAGGGGUUUCGGAAGUGGAGCGUGGCAGCAAAAAGGAGGAGGGGGGGCUUUCUUUCCUGUGUGUUACCAGAUAGCUUGCUUUGCUUGUUAGCCACGACGGGACUAACUAGAAUAUGGCGGAGCAUCACAGCACAGUUUCCGACAGCAAACACAAAUCUGCAGCGAACGCCGGAGCGUCGUACUCGGGGAAUGGACGCAGCAGCGCGGUGGCCGCGGCCGGGGAGAGAGGCAGCGGCGCCGGGGCAGCAGGAGGAGGUCUGUCCGGCGGCCUGACGCAGCCGGCCGGGUGGCAGUCCCUGCUGUCUUUCACCAUCCUGUUCCUGGCCUGGCUGGCCGGUUUCAGCUCCAGGCUCUUCGCCGUCAUUCGCUUCGAGAGCAUCAUCCACGAGUUUGACCCUUGGUUCAACUACAGGUCAACCCACCACCUCACCACCAAUGGCUUCUACGAGUUCCUCAACUGGUUUGACGAGAGAGCCUGGUACCCUCUGGGAAGGAUAGUGGGGGGCACGGUGUACCCGGGCCUGAUGGUCACAGCAGGUCUCAUCCACUACGUGCUCAACCUGCUGCACAUCACUGUCCACAUCCGGGACGUGUGUGUGUUCCUGGCACCGGUGUUCAGUGGCCUGACCUCCAUCUCCACUUUCCUGCUGACGCGCGAACUGUGGAACCAGGGGGCAGGGCUGCUGGCGGCCUGCUUCAUUGCCAUCGUUCCCGGCUACAUCUCCCGCUCCGUGGCUGGCUCCUUCGAUAACGAGGGCAUCGCCAUCUUCGCCCUGCAGUUCACCUACUACCUCUGGGUGAAGUCGGUGAAGACGGGCUCGGUCUUCUGGACCAUCGGAUGCUGCCUCUCUUAUUUCUACAUGGUUUCAGCAUGGGGAGGCUACGUCUUCAUCAUCAACCUUAUUCCUCUUCACGUAUUUGUCCUGCUGCUGAUGCAACGCUUCAGCAGAAGAGUAUACAUAGCUUACAGUACCUUCUACAUUGUUGGCCUGGUCCUCUCCAUGCAGAUCCCCUUCGUGGGCUUCCAGCCAAUCAGGACCAGCGAACACAUGGCCGCAGCAGGUGUGUUUGUGCUGCUUCAGGCGUAUGCCUUCCUGCAGUACCUGAAGGACAGGCUGACCAGACAGGAGUUCCAGACUCUCUUCUUCCUGGGAGUCUCUCUGGCUGCUGGAGUGGUUUUUCUCACCGUCAUCUACCUGACGUACACAGGGUACAUUGCUCCGUGGAGUGGGCGCUUCUACUCCCUCUGGGACACUGGCUACGCUAAGAUCCACAUCCCCAUCAUAGCGUCUGUGUCGGAGCAUCAGCCCACCACCUGGGUUUCCUUCUUCUUUGACCUUCACAUUCUUGUCUGCACCUUCCCAGCAGGCCUCUGGUUCUGCAUCAAGAACAUCAAUGACGAACGUGUCUUUGUGGCGUUGUAUGCCAUCAGCGCUGUGUACUUUGCCGGCGUGAUGGUGCGUCUAAUGCUGACUCUGACCCCGGUGGUCUGCAUGCUGUCAGCGGUGGCCUUCUCCAGCGUCUUCGAACAUUACCUGGGCGAUGACAUGAAGAGGGAGAGUCCGCCUGCCGAGGACAGCAGCGACGAGGACGACAGGAAGAACUCUGGCAACCUCUACGACAAGGCUGGGAAGGUGCGUAAACAUGUAUCGGAGCAGGAGAAGGCAGAGGAGGGACUGGGCCCCAACAUCAAGUCCAUAGUCACCAUGCUGAUGUUGAUGCUGCUCAUGAUGUUUGCUGUGCACUGCACCUGGGUCACCAGCAACGCCUACUCCAGCCCAAGUGUGGUGCUGGCAUCAUAUAACCAUGACGGUUCCCGCAACAUCCUGGAUGACUUCAGGGAGGCCUACUAUUGGCUGAGACAGAACACAGACGAGCACGCGAGGGUGAUGUCCUGGUGGGAUUACGGCUAUCAGAUAGCAGGCAUGGCCAACAGAACAACGCUGGUGGACAACAACACGUGGAACAACAGUCACAUAGCGCUGGUGGGCAAAGCCAUGUCAUCUAAUGAGAGUGCCGCCUAUGAGAUCAUGAGGUCACUGGACGUUGACUACGUCCUGAUCAUCUUUGGAGGUGUGAUUGGCUACUCAGGCGAUGACAUCAACAAGUUCCUGUGGAUGGUGCGCAUUGCCGAGGGGGAGCACCCCAAGGACAUCAGGGAAAGUGACUACUUCACCCCCCAGGGAGAGUUCAGAGUGGACAAAGCUGGCUCCCCCACCCUACUCAACUGCCUUAUGUACAAAAUGUCUUACUACCGUUUCGGAGAGAUGCAGUUGGACUUCCGGACGCCACCGGGUUUCGACCGGACACGUAACGCUGAGAUCGGCAACAAGGACAUAAAGCUGAAGCACCUGGAGGAAGCCUUCACUUCAGAGCACUGGCUGGUCAGGAUCUACAAGGUCAAGAAGCUGGAGAACAGAGACCGUGUGGAGCACAAGCUCCGAAACACCAACGCCACCAAGCAGAAGUACACCUCCAAAAAGACUGCCAAGAGGAAGCGUGGAUACAUCAAGAAUAAGCUUACCCUCAAGAAAGGCAAGAAACUGACCAAGAAAUCUUUAUAGGAAGUCCUACAUCAAAAGGGGCACAUUGGGGACGAGAGAGAGAAAAAUCGUACGUAAAAUUAAAAAAAAAAAAAAAAAAAAAAACUUUCAACAACAACAAACAGCAAAGUUAAUCCACCAAU